UCGAAAUAAAACUGAAAACUGUCAAAUAGUUGAAAAUAACCUGAUCAUUUCUAUCUAUUUUAAUUAUAUCAAAAUAAUCAAACAGUCAAUCUACAUUUAGAGUAUUGAUUUAUUUUAUAACUGUAAGCUAACACCGAAAGAGUCAUGUCGGAACAAAACGUAGCCGCUGGAUCGCCCGUCGCCUCUGCUACUGGCAUCGAGGAACGUUCGGCUAGCAUUGCUCCAGGCUCUGCAGCAUCUGCUACUUCUGAGGAGAAGGAGAAGGUCUACGGAGGCUGCGAGGGCCCAGACGCCAUGUACGUGAAGCUGGUCUCCUCGGACGGCCACGAGUUCAUAGUGAAGCGGGAGCAUGCGCUGACAUCUGGCACGAUCAAGGCUAUGCUCAGCGGCCCCGGACAGUUUGCAGAGAAUGAGGCCAACGAAGUCAACUUUAGGGAGAUUCCAUCCCACGUCCUCCAGAAAGUGUGCAUGUACUUCACGUACAAGGUGCGCUACACGAACUCCUCCACCGAGAUCCCGGAGUUCCCGAUCGCGCCCGAGAUCGCCCUGGAGCUCCUCAUGGCGGCCAACUUCCUCGACUGCUGAGCUGGCCAAUAAUAUCUAAACACAGUGGCGAAGCGGCAACAAAGUCCAUCUUGCAAGCCGGAAAGGCAUUACAGAAGUGUUGCUUUUUUACACUUCUGAUAAAGCUAUGAAGCCGAUAUUUAGCAUGACAACGUUUGAAAACUUAGCUUUAAUUCUGCAGGUUAUUAAGGUAGCUGCGGUACGCGUCACGUCCCCAACAAUGUAGACCUUUGUGUAGAAUGCCCCCGAAGUUAUACUAACUUACUUUUCCUUGUCAAAAUGGGCAAGCCGAUGGGAAUUGAGUUAUGUGAACGAGUCGCCACUUGAAGAUUCGAACUCAAUUUUCUUGCAAGAGCUAUACACGGGCAUUUUUUUAACUUGUACUUUGAAGCCUAUAAGGUUAAUUUACCGAAGUAGCCAAAAAGAUUGUAUGGACGACAUUGCUGCCUCACCACGCAUGACAGCCGUAUGUUGCAUUAGGAAUUCAUUAUACACGAUGAAAUUUAAUCAGGGAUUAGAAAAAUUGGUUCCUGAUCACCAAUUAAAUUUCAUCGUAUUAUCAAUCUUAUUCACAAAUCUCGUUCAAACUAGUCUUCCAAUGUAACAUACUGUACUGUUGUUACGUGGCGGUGCAUCAUAAACAGUGGUAGUUGAACAAUUUUGUAAUUAAAUAUAAUUCAUUUAAGCAUAUUAAGCCAACAUAGCUGAAAUAUAAAUUUAUCAACCGAUUUUUUUAGUCCCAUAUCGAGUUUUGUGCUAAUAGUAUUAGAAUUGUAUUUUCUUGAUCUUUUGACCGCUUUUUUCAUGUCCAAAAAUGUCACACACACGCCAACAUCAUUGGUACUAGCAAACUCACUCGAAAGCGAUGAGGGCUAUCGUUUUUUUGCUC